AUGCGUCCUCGCAAGCCCGGAGACAAACGGGAUGGAGAGAGGCCCCGCCAGAAACGCGGUGAGGAAAGUCGUUUCAUUCCCAGCCAAGUGACUCAGAGGAACCAAAGGACAGAGGAACCGGUUGCCAACGUGGGGCAGCAGAUGGACCGAGCUCACCCCAGGCCCCGGCCAAAAUCUGACAGUAUGGAUUGGAGAACAAUAAUUUAUGUGAUUUUAUUGGUGAGCCUCACUGUAGUCAAAGCCCUGCCUAGAAGUUAUCGGGACGUAGAGGAAAGAAACAGCAUUGGCCAACGUUUUUCUCAGCUGCAGGAGAAUAACUUCAAAGCCAUUGCCAUGAUCAUGUUCGCUCAGUACGUGCAAGGGGGCACCUUUGGCAGAGCGGUCAGGAUGGCUGAAGACGUCACGGACCUCGCCAGAAGAUGUGCUGCUGCCACCGGGGACCACCCCGACUGCCUGAAGCCUUUGGACAGCAUCUUCCUCGACACCAUAUGCCAGGAGGAAAAUCUGCCCAGUUUUACCGAUUGCUGCGCUAAAAAGGAUCCCGAGAGAAAUGACUGCUUCCUCUCCCUUAAAAACUCAUCCAGAGGGUUCUUUUCUCCUUUUGAGAGGCCAAAUGCUGAAGCUGCCUGCAAAAACCAUUCACAGCAUCAACAUCAAUUGACAGGAUACUUUAUCUACGAGGUUUCCAGAAGGCACCCAUUCCUCUACGCCCCAACAAUCCUCUCUGUCGCUCUCCGGUACGAGGAGAUGAUGAAUAACUGCUGUGGAACCACCGAGGACCCCGCUCCCAACCCGGAGGAAUGCUUCCAGAGACAGGCACCGAAGGUGGUGAAGCCACUGAAAGAAGAUGGCCUGAGGCAGGAACACACAUGUGGCAUCUUGAAGAAGUUUGGAGAAAGGACCUUAAAGGCUCUGAAACUUGCUCAGAUAAGCCAAAAAUUCCCUAAAGCUGAUUUUCCUACUGUUAGCAAACUAGUGACGGAUAUUGCUAACAUGCACCAGGACUGCUGUCGUGGGGAUAUGCUGGACUGCAUGCAUGACAGGGAAGAGAUCCUACACUAUGUCUGCACCAACCAAGACGCCCUAUCGAGUAAAAUUAAGAAGUGCUGUGAGAAGCCUCUGCUGCAGAGAAGUGAAUGCAUAGUUAACGCGGACAAUGACGACAAACCCGCAGGCUUGUCCCCCCACGUCAGGGAGUUCAUAGAAGACAAAGGAAUAUGUGAACGUUUUGCCCAGGAGAAAGACGCACACUUGGCCAGGUUUCUGUAUGAAUACUCCAGGAGACACCCCGAAUUUUCGGCUCAGAUGCUGCUAAGGAUUGGCAAAGGCUACGAGGAGCUGCUGCAGGAGUGCUGCCGAGCCGGCGCGCCGGACGACUGCUGCAGGAGAGGGGAGGAAGAACUGAAGAAACAUAUUUACGAGACUGAAAGUGUCAUGAAGACAAGCUGUGACAUUUACAAGGAGAAAGGAGAUUACUAUUUCCAAAACGAGCUCCUCUUGAGCUUCACCAAGAAGAUGCCGCAGCUGACGUCCGCAGAGCUGAUAAAAUUCACCAAGCAGAUGACCACCAUCGGCUCCAAAUGCUGCCAGCUGAGCCAGGACAAGCUGCUGCCUUGUGCCGAGGAGAAUCUGGAUCUGGUGCUUGGAGAAAUCUGCAGGAGGCACCUGAGCGACCCCAUCAACCCCGGGGUCUGCCAGUGCUGCAGCGGCUCCUACGCGCUCCGGAGGCCCUGCAUGGGGAAACUGGAGAUGGAUGAGAGCUACGUGCCCUUGUCCUUGACUCCUGGUCUCUUCCCUUUCCACGAAGACUUGUGCACCACUGAAGAGGAGAAGCUGCAGCACAAGAAGCAGGAGAUGCUCGUCACCCUCAUCAAGUACAAGCCCCAGAUCACCCAGGAGCAGCUGAGCUCGGUCACUGCCGCCUUCGCCGCCAUGCGGGAGCGCUGCUGCCGAGGAGACCACCCCGAGACCUGCUUCCUGAGAGAGGGUCCAGAACUUAUAAAAAGAAGUGAAAAACUGUUGUCGGCGUAAGGAGCUUGCCCAGGGUGUGGGAGGAUACUGGCUGGCUGGAAGACACACACAUCCACCAGCGAGGGUAUCUGGGCUAAAACAUUCCUCAAGUACAAAGACGUGAUUUGUCACAGGGGAGAAAACAAACCUGUGGCUCUUUCCUCACCAAUCUAAGGAAGUCCUGAGGGUUUGCACCGGCUGCGGUUCUGCCUCCAUCCCGUCUGCUCCUGCGAACGAGGGAGAAGAGGUUUCUCCAUAAAACACCAAAUUCCCACACCAGAUCCAUCUGCUGAGCUGGGGAACUGCAAACCUGCUCCCAGCGCUCGGCUCAGGGAAUCAAACCUGUUCCUCCCUUUCAUUCGGACGGGGUGGAGACACGCAGGCAAACACCUCAUUUCUGGAUCCUAUCACUUUGAUUAAAAAUUAUCAAGGAUACACAAAAUUUAAACCAAUUUAACUUAAUGCCAGGUUAAGUCCAGAGAGGGGGUGCAGCACCUUAAAGAAAUACGCUGAAAGAAUAAGUCAAAUGGAUGAAAAUUCAGGGUUUAGAUGUU